UGCAGCGGUCCAGACCGGGACAAAGGCCGACGGAGGAGCACGAGCUGCGCUGCGUCCACCGGCCGGGUCAGUGGACAGAGCGGGUGGUCCGACAGUGUGUGGACGGUACUGAGCUCUGUCCACCGGAGCCGACCACGGCGGAGGCGGCGAAUAUCAGGGCCGGAGGUGAAGAAGUCGAGGUGGCCGGGACGGUACGGGAGUGGUCUGUCGGUAUUUCUCCAGGGGGUGACUGCCGACACCAUCAGCCGCCUGGCCACGGAGCUGGGGUCACGGAUUACCCUACUAGUCACGGAUGCACAAAUGACUGCUAUCCCAAGUCAACUUCGUGAUGCCAUCAUCAGGGUGGGCCCAAACACUGUCAUCCUUCCGGCCGGAGUCGGUGACAGCGAGCUGACGGAGCUGCGGAGCUCACGGGAGACUGUGGAGCGGCUGUCAGUCUCCGCCGCCGACCUCCCGCGACUGAGGGGGCAGCUGCCGGAGGGCCUCGAGCGCCUCAAUGUCAGAGGGCCGGAGGUGACGAAGCCGAGGUGGCCGGGACGGUACGAGGAUGAUGGUCUGUCAGUGUCGCUCCAGGGGGUGGCUGCCGACACCAUCAGUCACCUGGCUGCCCUGGGACGGACGGUCACACGACUGGAGAUAUACGACUGUUCUGAUCUCACGACCGGCAACCUGGAGCCCCUCACCAGGUGCCCUAAGCUGCAGUAUCUCAACCUGUCCGGCGGCGUCCCUGACGCCGUGAGCCUGGAGCCCCUCACCAGGUGCCGUGAGCUGCGAUAUCUCACCCUGUCCGGCGGCGUCCCUGACACCGUGAGCCUGGAGCCCCUCACCAGGUGCCCUGAGCUGCGGUAUCUCACCCUGUCCGGCGGCGUCCCCGACACCGUGAGCCUGAAGCCCCUCACCAGGUGCCGUGAGCUGCGAUAUCUCACCCUGUCCGGCGGCGUCCCUGACACCGUGAGCCUGGAGCCCCUCACCAGGUGCCCUAAGCUGUCCGAUCUCACCCUGUCCGGCGGCGUCCCUGACACCGUGAGCCUGGAGCCCCUCACCAGGUGCCCUGAGCUGUACAGUCUCACCCUGUCCGGCGGCGUCCCUGACACCGUGAGCCUGGAGCCCCUCACCAGGUGCCCUAAGCUGUCCGAUCUCACCCUGUCCGGCGGCGUCCCUGACACCGUGAGCCUGGAGCCCCUCACCAGGUGCCCUGGGCUGUACAGACUCACCCUGUCCGGCGGCGUCCCUGACGCCGUGCUGGACAGUCUCAGCGGCUGUCCCGGGGUGCAGAUCCUUAUACUGGGGGACCGUCAGCGGCCGGCAGAGACGGCCUUCACAGCAGCAGCGUACACCAGACUGGUGAAGUCGUGUCGGAAGCUGUGGUGUCUGUACCUUCACUGCACGGCAGACACCGGCCGGGCCGUGCUGACCGCCCUGAAGGAGGCGGACCUGCGUUACAGUAAUGGCUGGCCCCGUACCAUCUGUCUCCGUGUCCCCGUGGAGCUGUACCGUCAGCUGGAGAGACAGGGAGGCGGUCGGGUCGAAGUGUGCAAGUGGGGGAAAUGAUGCGCUGCACUACCGAGCGUGCAGUGAUGAGCUGACUGCAGAGAGGCCGAGCCAGUCGGCCGGGGCCGCCAGCUGACUGCUGCCGUGUGUGCUGCACCAGCCGGCACUGAGAGCGGCGCCGGUCAGCCGGCACACGGCCCCGGUGUCCGCUCUAGUGUAGUGAUCUAGUUGUAGUAGUAGUAGUGUAGAUGUAGUAGUAGCACACAGUUGUGAUGUAGUGGGUAAUUACCGGGCGGGUACUGUGAGUAAUUGACUGGACGGAUAUGAUCUAGUGGGUAAUCAAUUACUGUGCGGGUAUUGUGGGUAAUUGGACGGGAGAUGUGACCUAGUGGGUAAUUACCGGGUGGGUAUUGUGGGUAGUUGGCUGGAAGGAUGUGACCUGGUGGGUAAUUACCAGGCGGAUGUUGUGGGUAAUUGGACGGGAGAUGUGAUGCAGUGGGUAAUUACCGGGUGGGUAUUGUGGGUAAUUGGGCAGUGAAAAGUGAUGUGCUGGAGAGACUACCAAUCGUGGCAUUACGCUAUUCUGUAUGUAGAGCACACGUCUGUGACCGUCCGACUCGGUUCACCGCGCCUGGUCCCGGCGGCACGGCCGGCCUCGGUCACGUGACCGUCCCCCGGUGGAGUCGGACGGCUCGGUCACGUGACCGCUCCCCCCGGGUCUGGCUGCACCUCGGCUCGGCGGUGCUGAGCGCCGUGCUGAGCGUGUUGUGACACGUCCCACACGGACAGCUCUACUCGACUACUGGCUAGCUGCCGUCCGAGCUGGCAGUAUCCACGCGGUGCCAGUUCAGACGGCGGCCGGCCGCGCCGCGCCCGCCCGCUCCGGUCCCGGCCGGCGGCCGUCACCCGGCCCGGGGCGGGGACCAUUGGUCAGUCAGCUGACCAUUGGUCAGCCAGCUGACCAUUGGUCAGUCAGCUGACCAUUGGUCAGUCAGCUGAUUGGUCCGUCAGCUGAUUGGUCCGUCAGCUGAUUGGUCCGUCAGCUGACUGGUCCGUCAGCUGACCAUUGGUCAGUCAGCUGACCAUUGGUCCGUCAGCUGAUUGGUCAGUCAGCUGACCAUUGGUCCGUCAGCUGAUUGGUCUGUCAGCUGAUUGGUCAGUCAGCUGACCAUUGGUCCGUCAGAUUGGCCAGUCAGAUGUCUACUAUAUACACGAGAGGAGACGCUUAAGCUGUACUAUCUGUAGCCAAAGGUAAUUAGUUACCGGGCGAGUAUUGUGGGUAAUUGGAUGAAGUGAUGCGAUGUAGUGGGUAAUUACCGGUCGGGUGUUGUGGAUAAUGUAACCCUGGGUAUGAUAUAGCCGGCUAUUCGACGGUCGGAUAUAGUCAGCUGGAUGCUACUGAAUUAUGUAGAGCUCUGACGGCACCGGUCAUAACGAGUGUCCUCGCGUCUGUCCGACUCGGUUCACGGAAGCACGCCGUCACGGCCCGGGUGUGCGCCGCCAUGUUUUGUGUCCUCUGCUUCGUACAGGGGGGUAAUUGGGCUACCGACCGAUUGGGAGUCGGAGUCGGAGUCCGUGUCGAUCAAGCUGCCUUGACUCCGACUCCGGAGCGCCUUUUUAGAUUUUAGUUAUCACUUGGCCAUGCUACUGAUAAUCGGCUGCGCUUUGACUAAUACAUUUUACACAUG